AUGUCGCCCGCUGAUCCAGCUCAGCUGCCUACGCACAUGGCCCCGACCGGGUUUGCGGCCACUAUUCUUGCUGUUACCUGUGUUCUGGCUGGCCUUUCAUUCAUCACUGUUUCCCUGCGUACUGUGGUACGAUUCUCUGAUAAAUUAUUCGGCCUUGACGAUGGCCUGAUGCUUCUGGGUUUGAUCUUGUUCCUGGCUGAAUGCGGGGUCGUCUCCUAUGGCACCUUCGUUGGGCUUGGGUACAAGGAUGAGUCGACCGACGAUCACACAAAAUUCGAAGCCGUCAAGUAUGUCAUCCUUUGGCAGAUCUUCUACGUCACGUCCCUAUGUGCGAUCAAGUGUGCCAUUUGCAUCACUCUCGCCCGGAUCGCCGAAGCUACAGUCCACCGGUUUACAAUCUACGGCAUUACCGUCUUGACUUGUGCGACGUCCCUGAUCGGUUUCGUCGGCAUCAUGAUAUCCUGCCCCCCAAUUUGGGCCGACUGGAAGCCCGGCACCGCGAUAUGCACAUCCAACCAAGUCAUCACCUACAUCAGCUACCUCGUCUCCAUCUCGAGCAUCGUAACUGACUUUGCAUGUGCCAUUGUUCCCAUAUUCAUCCUUUGGAGCACCCAGAUACGAGCCCGGGCCAAGUUCUCGGUCGUGGUUGUUUUAGCACUCGGUACUUUCGCCUCUGUUACUACCAUUGCGAGAAUACCUUUUUUGAAAGCCUACCGCGAGCCGGAAGACAACUUCCUGUACAAAAUAGGAUAUGUCAUCAUACUGUCACUGUCCGAGUGCGGCAUCGGCCUCAUCGCCGGAUCGCUGCCCAUGGUCCGCCGGCUCGUCCGCAAGUGGCGCGGCCAAGACGACGAGUCGAACGAGACCUCGCGGCUCACGCCCCUCUCAUUCAUGACCUUUGGCGGCAGCGGACGCAGCCGCCGGAACACCAUUGCCAGCCUCGGUCCCCGCGGGCGAAACGGGAACCCUGCUAGAGGCAUCUCCCAGGCCACCGUCCGCGCAGCUCAGCCAAGCGAGCAAUGGGAGAAGCUCGAGAGCGGCUCGGGCUCAGCCCGUCUGCCCACCCCGGACAAGGACAAGGACAAGGGAGAGAGCCACUCCUCCAUUCUCGAACGCCGGUCGGUCACCAUUGAAUACGAGACCAGGGGCCUGCCUGGACUGUCCGAGACCAAGAGCUUGCCCAGAUUCUCUAGGUCGAGCUGGGCCAAUUCUCUGAACAGGUCUCGCAGCAACAGCACUUGA